CCUCCUCCUCCUCCUCAAGCGAGAUAUCAGGGCAAACUGGUGCGUUCCAGCAGAUGUGUGCCUCGCCCUGCUGGGUUUGCAGCUAAGGAGCCCAGCAGGGCGACAUAAGGAGCCCCCACCAGAGUACGAGUCCAAGCUAGCUGUGCACUGGAAUGUCAUCCUCACCAAAUCGAAGCAACUGCUUGAUGUGCACUUGUCAACAAUUCGCGAUCAAAACACGCACACAUUGCCAAACGGCUACUUGAAGCGUUCGAAGCGAAUUAUCACCACGAUCACGAGAGCCAACACACUCUGUCGCAUUGAGUUCACCUUAGCCACAAGUGGUCACAAGCGCGCCUACCAGAAGAAAUAGCAUGGAGAAACACCUCAGGCGGUCUCAGCGUGGCUUGUGAAGCCCCGAGUUCUCAAAUAUCGAGGUUCACUCCUCUGCCAACUACAGACGUUGCGCUCUCAAGCAUGCGACCGCCCCGAUCAAGCACUGUCGCUCUUGAGCAACGCAUCGGGCAUCGAGCCCGGGAAUGCGAUUGAUCAAGCCAAGUGCGUAGACAGUAGUAAUGGUAGACAUGGUCACAAGGAAGCUUUCCUGCCAAGCAUCCAUGUGAGAGUUCCUCCAAACAGAUGGCGCACGUAGAGCAACUGCUGUCCGAAUGGACGUCACGGACAACAAAAGACGCCACCUGUGACUCUGGCGGAUCCAUGUCCGUCUUGACAGCUUGAGUGACCACGUUCGCAAGCCACACGCCAGUGGAAAGCAUGUUCAUACCUGGAAGAAACAAGCGAACCAAUGCCCCUUCUGCGGUGAGGCCAUCCAGCUCGCUCCGCCAGCUGAGAAUAAUGUACACAUGCCCCGAGGCAAUGGCCCAGGAGGGAAUGAGCAGAAUGACGGGGACCACUGGUCGACACAGGUGGACGGGGAUCCCGAGCCGCGUGCAAAUGGGCGGUGCCAUGACGGUCAUGCCGCUCCUGACCAUAUUCGUCACAAACAGUGCCACCAAAAGCAACCAGUUCCGGUACUCCUCAGACCUGAUGGGAGGCUUCGCUAAGCUGGGGAUGCCUGCAAAAAAACCGCCGCAUAUUCCAACGACCAUGAUCGCCAUGCAGAGCUCGAGAACGCCCUCGUACAAGCAACAACACUCACCGCACUGGCGGACUUCGUUUCUGUAAGGCAUUCGAGAUCCGAACACAUGAAUCAUGGUGCGGAGUCCACGCUAGCUGCGGAUGGUCAGCUUGCACAAAAUUUGGGCCAGAAAUUGGCUGGUGUCGGAUUUGGGGGGAAGCUGAACACACAAAUCUACAAGGGUCAAGGGCCGAGGUCCC